AGUGUAUCCUCAAAUUUAAUGGUAUUUAUUUUGCUAAUAAAUCCCCAGACUAAAUACAACCUCAGAGCAGCUAGCAAAGCAGCCACCAAACACUCCUCUAAGCUUACUCUUUCUCAAUCGCCGUUUCUCUCUCCAACAUGCAUAGACAAUCUCUGGGCUCACCGGGAUCCAAGUUACUCCACCCACAUGGAGUGAUCAUCGUCGGCGGCAGAGACGAUUCCUCCGCCGUCGUCACGGCGGGGGCGGACUCUCAGAAGAUAAUGUUGAUGAAGGACCAAGCCGCCUCUGCUUCACUCUUAGAAGAUGAACAAGUACGCAAGUCAAUCAAGUCUCUCAAUAAGUCAUUGUUCAGAGCUGAGAAGUAUAUUCACCUCAUUCCUCUUCUCACUUUCCUCUGCUUCCUCAUCCUCUACCUCUCCUCGCAUAAUCCUUCUGAUAAAGAUUUAGCUCAAUUUCAUGGAUUUGAAGGCUUCGCCAAGCCUAUAGAAUCAGCAAAUAUUGAUGACGAGUUGCAGAGAGUGUUAGAAGGCGAUGUUUUAGCGAUCGGAAGCAUAAGGAACUUGCAAGAGAUUGAUAAGCAGGAUCCAAAUCAUCGGCUCCACCGGAAACUCGCCGAUUUUUAAGCCGAUGUUUUGUGUUUCUCCCUCUUCUUUAUUAUUCUCCUCAUAUCACUCGAUAUAGCUCUAUUCAUGGCGAAUUCCCCGUCGGCGGAGCUCUCCCACGUGCGUAACUCGGUCCCCUGCCAAUUUUACCGUGUUUUACUUGGAAAGUAUUUACCACGCGUUUCUUUUGGUUAAUUGGUCAUUUGGCUGUUUACGGAACAAACUUAACCGCGUGUGCACUACUACUUCUCUUGUAAAUAUUUUACUUUAUUUAUUUGAUGUACCAAAAACAGAAUAUUCUCUGCCAAUCCAAGUUUUGGGGUACGUAAAUGGAAACUAAAAAGGAAAAUGUAAAAAAUCGUAUGGUGUUGUACCAAAAAGUCUUAGGUGAAACCGACAGUUUUUCCCAGUCAAUCUUUAGGAAUUUAAAUCAGUAGAUAAUACAAAGUAUCACUGAUUGCUUGGUUGUCUGGUUUGAGGAAUAAGAACAAUUAUCGGUAUCAAAUUCUGCAA